UAGGUAUAGGGUAUUCCCAGUUGUGAUUUCUUUACUUUUUUUAAAUAUGGAAGUUUUCACCAUUGCCAAUUGCUUGCAUCUUUCUCCAGUUUCUGUACUGUUAAGCUUAGAAAAUAAACUGAUUUCACCAGUCAUGGUGGUGCAAGUCCUGGGACUUGGAAGGUAAAAGACCCAUCCGUUCAAUGCCAGCUUCAACUGUAUAGUGACUGUGAGCCACUUUAAGCUUAUUUCACAAAGGGAUUAGUUUAUGUUUCAGUAUGUUGAAAUGGAUUAUCAGAUACUAUACAAGGUAAUGUUUAAAUUUAAGUAUGUUUAAACUUAACAGUAAAUUUUUUUACAUAGUAUUUUACAAUUUUUUGCCUCUAAAUGCAUAAGAGAAAUAUUAAAGGGAUCCCAAACUUGCUCACUUUAGUUCUAUCAUACGUAGUGAGUAAUGUGUCUGUAAAUGAAGUUUGAGGAGCGGAGUGCAAUGGUGUGCCCCUGCAGUUGCAGCAGUGGCUGAGGCGGGAAAGUUGAGUGGACAGAAGUCGGAGACCAGCCUUGGUGGUGGUGGGGUCAGGGACAGUUAUAACAUUUAAUAUUUAUCAAGAAAACUCAGGAGUCAGAUAAUCAGGGUAAAAAUCUGAAUGAUCAGCAAAGUGACAGAGAAACCACCAGUGACUCUCUGACACUCUCUUAUUCUCCCCCUCUCCCUCUCUGUCUCCCUCUCCCUCUCUGUCUCCUCUCUCUCCUCACUAUUUCUCUGUCUCUCUCUCCUUCAUUCCAAAAGGAUCGAGACUGUCUCUAAGUCCCUCCCUACUACAUCCUGUGUCUAUCUGUCUUUAGUCCUCCAAAACCUCAGUGGUUAAUUUUGCUCAGCUAGUAGCUAGUUCCUCCCUCUGAUUCAAAGCAAACUUCAUUGGAAGUCUCAGGAAUGUCCAAAUGUGAUCAUAAUAUCACACAACAGACAGGAAAGCAAGAUCUCAUCUUGGCAACUCCUGAGUUUAAAUUCCCAGCAUACAUGUAAAGCUGUGCACAGUAGUAGGAGUACAAGAGGAUGAGACAUGGAGAGGAACUCGCUAGCUAGACAAUUAACCAAGUUAGGAGCUCUAGAUUCAGUUGAGAAGGUUCCAAAGAUCCCUUCAAUGCCCAGUCCCUUCAGAUGUCUUAACUCUGUCUUCCUCCAUGCAUUCUGUACAGGGAAUGAUCUACAAUAACUAUCUAUUUGAUUUUGAAUGACUGAGUUGAUUGACGUCAUAAGCAAAGAACACAUAACAACCAGGCAUUGGUGGUGCACGCCUUUAAUCCCAGCACUUGAGAGACAGAGGCAGUCACAUCAUGUAGUUUGAGGAUAGCCUGGUCUACAGAGUAAGUUCCAGGACAGUCAGGGCUACACAAAAAAACCUUCAUAGACUAUCUGCAGAUUGUAGAAUCCUGAUAGGAAAACAAGCAAAAGGAACAGAAUCAAACCAGGCACUUUCAACGCUCAUCAUAAAUGAUCAGGGAAGCCCCCUGCUGAAAUAGUCCUAGUGGAGUUUUCGUGGUUGAGAGAUUUCCAUGCAGAGGGUUUUCUACAUGGACUAGCUUUCUGGUCUCAGCUUCUCAUUGCUGGCAUUUUUAGAUCAUGAUAAACAACAGUUACCUCUUUUGGAAAGUCUUUGCUCUCUAGCUGUUCCCAAGAGUGUGAUGUUUUGAGCCCAGCCACAGCCUUCACAAGGACUAAUGGAGUUAGAAGCCAUAGAACUCUGUCCUUACGACCCAAACCACAGGAUACCAGCCAGCAGGUUACAGUACUAUCUGGCAUCAUGCAAAAAGAAAAAUCCAAAGAUAGCUAAAAAGAUGGCUAACUGCAAAUACGAUGCUUGUCUUGUGGUCCCAAUCAAAAGGCUCAAGGAACAUGAGGCCCACUGUGUCAACAGAACUGUAGUUGAUGAUGAACCACUUAAUCUUCUUAAGAUGACUCGUUCUGAAGGAGAUGAAAACUACUCCAAUGCCGGCAAUCAGAUUACUGAGCCUGAUGUCUGGAAUGUGGACCAUAUGCAUCGUUUUCCUUCAUUUGCUCUUGGGGCAUUUGCUCCAGAAAUGCUGGUUUGUGAGAGUGACUCAAGAGACCUACAAGAGGCUAUGGCUGAAAAACAUCCUGACAGCUACAAGUCCUGAGGGAGAGAUCAGAAAAACGAUGGAGACAUUGUGAAUUAAUGACCAGCAAGCAAAUAGAAGUUGAGAUUUUCCUAAGGUUUAAAAACAUCUAAGUAACAACUCUGUCAUUUUAAUACGUUUUUAUCUAAAUAAAGAAUAUUUUCCUUUGACAAAAA